UCAAACAGACCACUUCAUUAAGGAUGAUCCCAAACCUUCAAAUUCCUCAUUGGGACACAACACAAUCCGAUGGAGGAGCACCGUCCCCAUUCUCCAUUAAUGCAGUGGAUGAAGAUUUCGACAUGCCCAUCCACCUAUUCUCCAGCGAUCAUUUCCGAAUGUUCCAGUUCAAGGUCAGAGACUGUCCACGUGGCAGGUCACAUGACUGGACGGAGUGUCCCUACGCUCAUCCCGGCGAGAAGGCUCGCCGGAGAGACCCUCGCAAAUACCAUUACUCCGGCACCGCAUGCCCCGAGUUUCGAAGAGGGAACUGCAUGAAAGGUGACUCGUGCCAGUUCGCUCACGGCGUCUUCGAAUGCUGGCUCCACCCUUCUCGUUACAGAACCCAACUCUGCAAAGACGGAACCAGUUGCCGCCGCCGAGUGUGCUUCUUUGCUCACACCAUGGACCAACUUCGUGUCUUGACUCAUGGCUCGCCUGAAUCGUUUGUUACAUCUCCUACUUCGGUCCUUAACUCUUCGCUCUGUGAUACGCCACCAGUUUCGCCCGGAAACCUCCGUGAAAUAGUGAGUUCAAUGCGUAAUGUUAAACUUGAGGUUGAGGAUGUGUCUUCCGGUUCAACCCGGGGAUCCAAGAUGGGUCGUUGUUGUGUGUUUGGGUCUACCCGAGGUGGGUUUAUGAGUAUGCCAUCAACUCUCAAUCGAUGUGAAGAAGAGCCUGCUAUGGAGAGGGUGGAAUCUGGAAGAGACCUUAGAGCGAAAAUCUACGCCAAACUUAGUAGGGAGAACUCGAUUGGGAGAAAUAACGCUGCAUUUUCAUAUCCUAUCCCUGAUGUUGGAUGGGUCUCGGAACUGAUUAGGUGAAUCUACAUAAGGAGUGAGUUGUUGAUUUGUGAAUGAAUUCGAUGGCCUUUUAACUCUCUUUGAUUUGACUCUGUAAAGUUGUAUAGUGCAUGCAAUGGAAUAAAAGUCUCUCUCUGUACAUAGUUGAGAUUUGAGAAGGUUGAGACUGUUUAGUAUGUUUCUGUUUUGUCUCUGUACCGAAGAAUGGGUAAGCUUUUGUUUGGAUCAAUUGUUUGUCUCUUCGUCGUCUUGAUUUU